UCGGGCCUUGUGGGCUUCCUGGUCCUCGGCUCCGCCUCGCCUCGAUCUGGCCGGACAGAGAAAAAAACACUUCUCAGUUAAAGAACAAAAGCAACCACGGUUUUUGGACGGAGGGGGGAGAAGUAACGGCGACUCAUCAUCCAAACCUAAAUCUCACGGAUUGAGAUAUUUGUGCGCUCUUCGGCCGGAUUGAUUCGGGGACCUAACUCCUACGGAAGGCGACAAACUUGGUCGCCUCGCAUCUUUGUAUGCUGACCGUAAUCCGUCGAGGAGCUUGAUAAAUAAGACAAGGGUCAAACAGGCAGACAGACGGUAUUGUUUCCCAGCUCUUCCUCUGAACUUCGGCUGUAAAAAGCGGAGUGGCUUGGGGGGGAAACUCCGGCUUUCGUUCGUCUUUACGCACACACGGACCUCGGGAAGAAAGGCUUGUUUUGGCUUAGUCGGUUUCUGUUGUGGUAUCUGGUCGUGGUUUGUGAAGAGGCUACACUUCACUUUGGGGGACUGGAACAAAGCCUGACUGGGAAAGGUUGAGGCCACCUCUUUGGUAUCCCAGAUGGCAACUUACAGUGAACGUAAUGGCAGAAACGGACUUCUUGUGGUCAUGAACGAGUCGUUUAAAGUGAAAGCUACAAAGACAGAAUGUGAAGAAAAGCUUGAAGAUAAAUGUUCCCCCAAGGAUUUGGACCACUCCGUCAGCUCAAAUGAAAGCAGCGCAAGUGGUGUGGCCAGUUUCACCACCAACCACAACUCCGUUGUGUGCCUCCCUCUUGUGUCCGAGGGACUGAAAUUGGUGUGGACACAGUCCGAUCAAACCCGUGAACUUGAUGCAAUCCCAGAGCUUGUUCAGGCCUUCAAUUUAUUUCCAUAUCCAUCAUCCCGUGAGAUUAACACCCUGGCCCGGGAAUGUGCCUUGCCACUGGACAAAGUGAAGGUGUGGUUUAUGGUGCAGAGGAUUAAAUAUGGUAUAAGCUGGUCCUCAGAGGAGAUCGAGGAGACGCGGAAAAAGCUGGCAGUGCCCGAGCUUAUUGAUGACUCUACUGAAACUAAUGAGGAAGCAAAGCUGAAGAGCAAGAGCAGAAGUUGUGAAGAAUUGGUAAUUGAGGAUGAUGAAAGCAAUGCAAUAGAGGUCGUUCUCCCCAGCUUCACUCCGAAAAAAAAGAAACCAAAGUGUGAGUCACCAGAUUCCUAUAAACCAGCCAAAUCCACUGUCCCGUGUUUCAGUUCCACCCUCCCUCCUCCUCAGGAUUCUUAUUUCUACCGCCCGCCAGCAGACACACCAGCAAGUACAGCUGCUGAUGUCUCCCUUGACCUUUCUUUGUCAUCGACACAACAACAUCGUCAUGGGCGCUACAAAAAGACUAAAGUUCAGCUUGCUGCCCUUCGAAAGAGCUUUCUGAAAGAGAACUGGCCUGCAGAGACGGAGCUUAGGCGCCUGCAGGAAGAAACUGGGCUGAGCCGUAACGACAUUCGUAAAUGGUUCAGCGACAGCCGGUAUCAGCUUAGGGUUGGCCGAGGAAGCCUGGCAGCAGCCCAAACUCACUCUCAGCAGACUGUAGUCGGAGGUAAACAAGAUCAACAAAGUGAACCUCUUUCACUUAUUACGCAAAAGAUUCAUCCACUAAAUGGGGAGAAGUGCCAGGAAGGAGUCCGCAGCAACGGGAUAAGAAAUUCCCAUUUCUUUCAGACUUUUUUGUCAAACAGCAUCGAAGCGUUUGGAGAACGGGUCCUUGAUGCAGAAAGUUAUGUUGUUAUGGAGGAGCUUUCUGGUGAUGGGGAACAAAGUGAAGAACAACCCUUACAACUGAUCAAGAUCUGCAAGAUUGAGCCAGACGUUCCUCAGGAACCAUCAGAAAUAUUGGAAUCCUCUCCCUGCUCUUCCCCCUCUGGCAGCCCACCACUGUCUACGUCACCCAAUAAACCUCUUUCAAAGAGCAUCAGCACAUCAAAGAAAGCCCACUCAGCCAAAUCCAGUCCCUCAGAAACGCCUGUUCGCUUCACAGGGGCUUCUUCAUCCGCAUCCACAUCCCCUGCUCUCACUCCUGCUGGGCGACCAAGAAAAACCAAGGAGCAGUUGGAUGUUUUAAAGCAACACUUCUUACGCUGCCAGUGGCCCAAAAGUGAAGAUUACACUGAGCUUGUGAAGCUUACAGCUUUACCCCGUGCAGACGUUAUUCAGUGGUUUGGUGACACACGUUAUGCAGUUAAAAACGGCCAGCUGCGCUGGGUUAAGGGGGUCCGCGACCAGUUCUUGGCAGACCUGGCAGUCCAGCAAAGCAGCAGUGGUUUAACUAACGGAGGUGGAACAGCUUCUCGGCCGGGGGGUGGUCGCAAACGAAAAUCUCAAGCAAAUGGAAGAAGUACUGAUUCUCCAGAUAUCCAGCCAUUAGAAACAUACUAUCUUUCAAUAGGACAACUUCAUGAAAAAGAUCUUGAUUCUCUAUGCAAGAAAUCAAGAAUGAGCUACCAGCAAGUGCGAGACUGGUUUGCUGCUCAGGACGCCGUGGUGACAGACCAAGAACCCGUUGUGACUGAUUAACACACUGGAAGCAGACCUGAGAACUUGUAUUAAAGUGGUUGGAGUUGUCCUCACGUUCUUUGCACCAACAAGCAUAGUCAUUAGUUUGGUUUAAAUUGCUUUAAUUCAGCAGGUUUGUAACAUCCAGUCUUCCCAGUACAAGCCAAAUAAAGAGAGGUUUGUGUUUUUUUAUGUACAUGCUGCAUUUCCUGCUUAUCCUAAUAUAUUUUGACUUGAAUUGUUAAGUGUGCUGCCUGUGUUGCUGUAAAUAGGACAGAAACUUCUACACUGGUUUGCUAUAUUUUUUUUGAGCUCAUUAUUUUUGUUUAGCUAUCACAGUCACAGAUAUUUUUAGUAUGCUAUUGUAGCAGUAUAAUUUAAACUGGUUUUACCUUUGGUACCUGACUAUAGCAGAUACUGUGUGUAACUCCUCCAGAAAAAAUGUCUGUUGAUGGAUUUGUCGACUUUUCACUGUGUGUAAUCAUUCCUUAACAGCCAAUAAUUCCUUGUCAUAGAAAGCACACUGGACAUGUACACUUUAAAUCGACAUCUUGCACUUGGUUGUGAAACCUGAAGCCGUUAUUUUCAUUAAACCCAAUUCUUUCACCAAAGUUUAAUUUCUAUCUAAACAGUGUCCUUCUUAAUCUAUUAUCACGCUUAUUGAAAACAGUAUAGUACAUCUUCUACUGUUAAGCAUACUUAGAAAAACUACAUUCCCAAUUUGAUAAACACUGAAGUAAUUUCUAUAUGAACUGUCUGAAUAUGAUACACCUCCCUGCACCUUCAAACAGUAAAGGCUCACAGUACAGGAAACAUGCAGAUGUCAUACAGAUGUAAAUAAGGCCAUUUUCAAUUUCUACAUAUUGAUUCAGUCAGUAUUUUGGGCUACAUCUGUUUCAUGUCUGAGUGUAGGGUGUGAGUUUGUUGAUUUAAGAUGUAGGUAAACUAGACAUAAACGUAACUGAUGGGGUCUGCAAAGGCAAAACAUUUGAACCCAAAGGAGAAAUAUAACUGUCAAUUCAUAUUCCAAAUUAUAGCACAAAAAUUGUACAUGAAGUUACGAGUUGAGAAAAAACUCUUAAUGGACCUGCUUCAUCGACCUCCAGAGGGUGAGGUGAGUUUUGAACGGAGUCACGUUUGAGUUUAGUUUGUUCGAAAAGUCUUGGCAAAGGUCAAAUGACCUCAAUAUCGUGGAAGCUGUCAUUCUAUUAGUAAUGAAAAGUGAACGCAAUGUCAUGCUGUAGGAACAUAUCAUGUAACAUUUAAUGUCUUCCUUUGCAGGUGUUUUCAAUGUAUUUUCCUGAUCUCAUUUGCACAAUUGUGUCACUGGAAACCAGUAAAGGAUUUGCCUUUAUAA